AUGCCAAUGUCGUCACUGAGUGCGAACGCCAUGACAAUGAAGACAUUGCCUUUGCAAGCCCUCUUGGGGUCAUUGCUGUUCUUUCUUCUUCUACUACCUGACCAUGUCCAUGUCUUUGCUGCUAACCGUGUACUUCUUGGCGACGAGGAGGCGCACGAUAAGGCUGGGCCAAGGUUCAAGCCUAGCCCUUGGAAGCGUGCUCAUGCCACAUUCUAUGAAGGAGGCUCCGGAACCUUUGGUGGAGCUUGUGGUUACCAUGACGUUGUUAAAGAAGGCUAUGGCCUAGAAACCGUAGCAUUAAGCGAUGCAUUGUUUAACAAAGGACAGUCAUGUGGUUCAUGUUUCGAAAUCAAAUGUGUAGACUCGCCUCAAUGGUGCAAACCCGGGCAGCCAGUUCUCUCAGUCACAGCAACAAACCACUGCCCACCAAAUUGGAAUCAGCCUAGUGACAAUGGAGGAUGGUGCAAUCCUCCACGCGAGCAUUUCGACAUAGCCAAGCCUGUCUUCCUCAAUAUUGUUGCCCAGCACAAGGCCGGCAUCGUGCCGGUAGAAUACCGAAGAGUUCCAUGCAAGAAGAAAGGAGGAAUUAGGUUUACAAUAACUGGGAACCCUUAUUUCAAUGAAGUGUUAGUUUGGAAUGUGGCUGGCUCUGGGGAUGUGACGAGUGUGGAAGUGAAGGGUGAGAAGCUUCAAUGGACGCCGCUGGAGCGAAUGUGGGGUCAGAGGUGGGUUACUGGUGCUAAGCUUUCUGGGGAUGCACUGACAUUUAGGGUUGGAGAGAGUGAUGGAAGAAUCAUAACCUCUGUGAAUGUUGCCCCCAAGAAUUGGCAGUUUGGCCAGACCUACGAAGGCAAGAACUUCUACUAG